CCGUUCAUGCAAGGUACCGCAAUAGUUAGUUCUACCAUUUGCAAUCAGUGAAGACAUCCCUUGCAAGAACCCUCUCCUUGGGAAAUAUUUUCUUGUGGUUUGAUUAGACUUCCCCAGAUUCCUUCCCGCCUCAUCAAUGUAGGGUGGAAGAAGCAUCUGCGCUACCAUUUAGACUUGCACCUCGACCGCCACAUCAACGCAGUUGAAACCGCAUCCUUCAGCCACAGUGACCUCCUCUCCCCCACUCCACUUCAACUGCUGCUCAAAGCGGCCUGCGGUACACUAAUGUGAGGCAAGGGUCCGGCCACUGGUCACUUGUUCGGAGCUCAGGCGACUCGUCUGGCGCAUCUCAACACCAAGACACACAAUGACACGGUCUCAAUAGAGAAGCAUCACCAUGUUCUCCUCUUCAGGGAGUGGGAAGAAGCCCUCGCAACAGGUAUGCUCCCCCAAACCCCUGCCCGGGCCUGUCAUCGCAUGCUAAUUGCCCCGCAGCAGGAGAUGGUCCAAGUCGACCGCUCAGAUUCUGCAUCGCCAUUUUGGAAGCCGCCCCCACGCGAGAACGCAUCGAAAAGAACCGGUCGCGACCCGAACCUGGUUGUCGGAGCAGCCUACUCUCAUGCCGAUAUCCUCAAGUUCGAUUCACUCAACUUGUCCAGCUCCUCCUCUAGACCGAAGACGCCUCCUUCCUCACACUCUGCCAAAGGCCGGCCUAGCGAUGCCUCCCCCCCCUCGCGCCCACAAUCGGGCCUGUCAUCCCCUCCGAUUAAAAGUUAUAUCAAUUUCCUUUCCAACACCAACGAUGAUUGGAAAGCCGACGAGGAUGAGGAGGACAUGAUGGGGUACGAGGACGAUGACGGUGACGACUUCGGCCUGCCGAGCCUGUCUAAUAUGAAGCGACGAACACGCAAGAAAGCCGCGCAAAACAGGUCAGAUCCCAACGGAGGUCUGUCGCCCUUGAACGACUCGUUCGGUUUAGGGUUACACACGAGGAGAUACUCGAAUAGUGCGGACAUCGCGAUUGAAAGACCUGCGCCAACCUAUCCAAUGCCGAAAAAGAGCGAGGGCAAGAUCUUGCGUCCACAGUAUAAAGAAAUUUUGAGGGACCCGGCGAACGCGCUGCACUUAAUCGAUCACCCAGUUAUACCCGACGACGCAACGCCGAAAGAGAUUGAUGCUGCGAAUUCACGAAUUACUCGUAUCAACAAGUUCAAGAAGCUCUUACAGGCGUCAACAAUACCGCUACAGGAACUUCGGCAACUAGCUUGGUCCGGCGUUCCCCAGGAAGUUCGUGCUAUGACAUGGCAACUCCUGUUGAGCUACCUACCGACCAACAGCGAGAGGAGAGUCGCAACUCUAGAAAGGAAACGUAAAGAGUAUCUCGAUGGCGUCAGGCAGGCUUUCGAACGCGGCAGCAAUAGUGGGGGAAGCGGCACCACCACCGCGGCACCCGGGAAAGCGAGAGGGCUAGACGAGGCAAUCUGGCAUCAGAUCAGUAUCGACGUUCCAAGAACGAAUCCCCACAUCGAACUUUACUCGUACGAAGCGACGCAGAGAUCUCUGGAACGAAUCCUGUACCUAUGGGCAGUGCGACACCCUGCCAGCGGCUACGUUCAGGGCAUCAAUGACUUGGUAACGCCGUUUUGGCAGGUUUUCUUGAGCACAUAUGUCGCAGAUUCCGAUAUUGAAUCGGGCAUGGACCCUGGUCAGCUGCCAAAAUCGGUUCUUGACGCUGUAGAAGCAGAUUCGUUCUGGUGCUUGACAAAGCUGCUAGACGGUAUACAAGACCACUACAUUGUGGCUCAGCCAGGCAUCCAGAGGCAGGUUGCGGCUCUCCGCGAUCUCACUGCCAGGAUCGAUGCAGGGCUGGCGAAGCACCUCGAAAAGGAGCACGUGGAGUUCAUUCAAUUCAGCUUCCGAUGGAUGAACUGUCUCUUGAUGAGAGAGAUAAGUGUAAGGAAUACGAUCAGGAUGUGGGACACGUACUUGGCCGAAGAACAAGGCUUUUCGGAGUUUCAUUUAUACGUGUGCGCGGCUUUCCUGGUCAAGUGGUCGGAUAAGCUUGUCAAGAUGGAUUUUCAGGAAAUAAUGAUGUUUUUGCAAAGCUUGCCAACAAAAUCUUGGACGGAGAAGGAUAUUGAGCUGUUGCUGAGCGAGGCUUUCAUCUGGCAGAGUCUCUUCAAAGGCUCGUCAGCUCACUUGAGAGGACAGCCAAGUCGCACGCCCUCAGCAAACAUGCAGCUCUAGUUCCUUUUCCAACCAGAUGUCUGCGGUUCAAGCCAGAGACUGGGCAUUGUUGAGAGGAGAUAGGAAAGGGGAAUGACAUUUAGGCGUACGGCAAUUGCCAAGGCAAACAUGUAAUCAAGGCAUUGGCAGCAACACCCUGCUGGCCUAUCCCAGAAUUGAUCCAUGGGAUUAAUGCAACAUACAGUGCAAAGCACAGUGAAGAAGCU